CGCCGCCUUAUCCUGCCCAUUUAAAUACCUGCGCUUCUUGGGGAAAGAGAAAACAGAGAGAGCCCGGAGGAGAGAGAGAGAGAGAGAGGAAUGGCGUUGCUGCAGCAACCGGUGAUGCUGGGCAUCGGUUGCAGCAACGCCCUGGCACGAGCAAGGAGGGUGCAAUGUCUGGCAGCGGCGUCCCACUCCCACAUGCCAUGUCUACCCGUCCUCCUGCGAGUCAGCGGCGGCGGCGGCGGCAGGAGGCAGGGUAGCCGCCGCUUCCCUUCUCAAAAGAUCGGCUUGAGCCGGAGGAUCAGGAGGAAGGACCUACGUGUGGUCGUCGCGGAAGCCAGCGCCGCCGCCGCCGGUGCCUCGCCGGCAUCGUCGCCUGGCGGCGUCAGCGUCAGCGAUGUUCUUUGGCCCUCUGCCGGUGCAUUCCUAGCAAUGGCAGUGCUGGGAAGAAUGGAUCAGAUGAUGGCGUACAAGGGAGUGUCAUUGACAAUUGCCCCCCUCGGAGCAGUCUGCGCUGUGCUUUUCACUGCUCCAGGCUCACCUGCAGCCAAGAAAUACAACAUGUUUGUUGCCCAGAUUGGCUGUGCAGCAUUUGGUGUGUUAGCCCUUUCCUUAUUUGGACCUGGCUGGUUGGCAAGAGGUGCUGCUCUUUCUGCAUCCAUAGCAUUCAUGACAAUUACAGGCGCCUCACACCCUCCAGCUGCAAGCUUGCCUCUCUUGUUUAUUGAUGGUCCAAAGUUUCACAAUUUGCAACUUUGGUAUGCCCUUUUCCCUGGAGCUGCAGGCUGCAUAAUUCUUUGCUUGAUCCAAGAGUUGGUGAUUUACCUGAAGAAGAACUGCAAGUUCUGAUUCUAGCGAUGAAUGACUUCUUGUAGCAAUGACAGAUUAAAAUUCAAUACUGUACCAUAAAUUGCUAGAACUGCAUCGGGAAGAAAUGGAGUGGUCUUAUUUGCUAAGCAGAAAGAGGAGGAAAAACAGAUUGAUUGAUACUGCAGAUAUGAAGUACAUACCAAUAUCUCAUUGAACGAAAUCUGAUACAUGUACAAAAAAUCCUUCUUUGGUGAAUAAUAAUUGACUUAUUCAUGUAAUAUAGAAAUUUGCAAAAGAAAAAAAGGAAGUAAGUUCACAACACCUCUGGUAAUCUGAAGGAGAUUGAAUCAUUUGUUCUGGGGCACGGUUGCAAUUGCAUGCUUAGUUGCAAUAAUUGCAGACUGCAAAUCUGAGACAACUAGAAUAAUGAUUUAAAAGCUCAAAAUAAAUUAAGUUAUAAA